AUUUGACAUUUCUGUCAACUUAAAAAAAAUCAAUCUGACAACACGAUACAAAUGAGACACUCUCGCAUUUUGUGCAAAUCAUUCCAGUUUCAAGGACCAUCGCCCGUCGAUGCACUGCGAGCUGAAAACGAUCCCGAACCUGCAGGUCAUUGUGACGCUGAAGUCGCUCAUCUCACGGAAUUACGCCAAGGAAAAAUUCGUCUGGAACACUUACUACUGGACGCUGACCAACGAGGGCAUUAUCUAUCUGCGCAACUGUCUGCUCUUUCCUCCAGAGGUCGUCCCUGCGACACUGAUCCGGCGUGAGCGGGCUGUACGGGACAGUGCCAACUGCAAGACAGUGCGCCAAGAAGGCUUCGUACAGCGGCGGGACACUGAAGGGCGUGAGAUGUACCGCCGGCAGGCGAAUCGUUACGUGGACAAGCGUGGUGACGUUGGAUCCGGUACCGGGGAGUUGCAGUUCCGCGGAGGAUUCGGUCGUGGCAACCAGUACGAUUAGGACGGGAAUGUCGUCUUGUGGAACGCUCACAUCGCAUUUGAAAUUCUUCGAAAGAACCGCAACGCAGGUGCACUUCCGAAGAACAGAUAAAAGCAAGGCUCUCUUGGAUUUCACAACAUAACCUCAAAAAGAUGUUCAAGUUUUGAAUGGAAUGCAUUAACGGUCGACUGAUGAAGAUUUAUCGACAUUCUAACCUUCAAAACAAACAAUUCAACGAACCAGUCCGCUGCCAAUGCAUGUGAAGGGUAACAAAUCUUCACCCAUCAAGUAAAGAUUAUCGGAUGUCGCCAAAACUGAAACCGGCUGAGCGUGUGUGUUGGCGUACAGGCGUGCAGGAUAGCCGCGAUCACCCAAACAGGCUUAGAAGAGAC